AUGUUAUUUAAAUCAAUAAUUUCAUUACCAUCAAACAAUUUAGAAUGUUCAUCAAAAAUUGAAUGUGAAAAUAAAACAAUUAAAAAUUCAGAUAUUAACACAAAAACAUCAAUGAGAAGAAUAAUUUCAUUUUUUACCAGACCACACUUUAUAACAUAUUGA